AUGUCCAAUGUCACUGCAAUAACUGGAUUCAUCCUUAUGGGGUUCUCUGACAUCCAGGAGCUGCAGACUUUAUGUGGAGUGCUCUUCCUAGUGAUGUACAUGGCAGUUGUAAUAAGCAAUCUCAUCAUCAUUGCUCUUAUCACCAUUGACCUGCAGCUUCAAACACCCAUGUACUUCUUCUUGAAGAAUUUGUCCUUGUUGGAUGUCUUCUUUGUGUCUGUUCCCAUUCCAAAUUUCUUUGUCAAUAGCCUAACUCACAACAAUUCCAUUUCCAUUCUUGGUUGUGUCUUCCAGGUAUUUUUAAUGACUUCAUUUGCAGCAGGAGAAGUAUUUGUCCUGACUGCCAUGUCCUAUGACCGCUAUGUUGCCAUUUGCAGUCCUCUGCACUACGAUGUCAUUAUGAAUGGUGGUGCCUGUGUUCUUAUGGUGGGUGUUUCCUGGGCUACUGGGGCACUCUUUGGAGCCAUAUAUACAGCUGGCACAUUUUCCAUGCCUUUCUGUGGCUCCAAUGUGAUCCCACAGUUUUUCUGUGCUGUUUCCUCAUUGCUAAGGAUUUCAUGCCCUCAAACACUUUUGGGCAUUUAUAUGAGUCUUGGAAUUGGUGUGUGUCUAGGCAUAUCCUGCUUUAUUUGUGUAGUGAUCUCUUACUUUUACAUAUUCUCCACUGUGCUUAAGAUUCCUACUACUAAAGGUCAGUCCAAAGCAUUUUCCACAUGCAUCCCCCACCUCACUGUUUUCACUAUUUUCAUAGCUACUGCUUGCUUUGUCUAUCUGAUGCCUCCCUCAGAUGUACCAUCAAUCACAGACAGGCUCUUUUCUGUGCUCUACACUGUGCUGCCUCCAGCACUGAAUCCUUUGAUCUAUAGCCUGAGGAACAGUGAUGUCAAGUGUGCUCUGAGUAGGUUGCAGCAAAAUCUCUGCCCAAGGGGUUCACUUCAUUGAAAACUUCAAAGUAUUUUUCAGUGGUAUAGCACCUCACAAGUUACAAGCAAGAUUUGUAAUUUUUGACUUUAGAAAGACAAUUAUAGGAAUUCAUAUUUUGAUUGAGUAAAUAAUAACUCAGAACAGGGCUGAUAUUAUAUAAGAUCAGAAAAUUAGAUUACU